AUCUGAUCGUCUGAUAAGAUCUCUUACAAACUUGCCAGUAGUACCAUGAACCCGUCGAAUCCCGGCUCAGGCAACAGCUUCCGAUAAACUGGGCCUAAUCUACUUGGUGAGAUUCGGACUCAGUUCAAAAAGCCGAGCAUCCCACCAAGCUCGCCCAGCCCGCGUCCCACGUUCGCAUCCUCCCCCCAUUUCCCAAUUCUCCAACCAGAAACUUGUAGUACUCCCCAAAUGGAUUCUUUGAGAAGCCCAGAUCAGUUCUCGGCGCCGAAGAAGCGGCGUAGGCCUGCUCUGGCCUGCGAACAAUGCCGCCGUCGGAAAGUCCGCUGCGAUAGGAACCUCCCCUGCAGCACCUGCGUCCGCUCGAAGCACUCACUCUGCACCUACACCUCACAAACAAAGCCGAAAUCCAGGGAGAGUCCCAAACAUGGGGCUGAAGGUAAUGACGGUUCUCUCCACACUGCCCUUCGCCUGCCGGACCCUAUCCUCCCGGUGUCAUCAUCCCUGCGGGCGAGACAACCGGUCACUUCCUCUUCCUCCGUCAGUGUAAACACACCCAUAACUACCCGGACACGACAAGAGAAUUUCAAAGACCCCGUUCAUGGUUCCACCAAAGCCGGCGAGUCAGGUCUCGGGUUUCCUGAGCCUAUCAUCCCGACUUCUCGGCCCUUGUCAGAAGCAUCUCCCUCUACUCACGAUCCGAGGACGCUAGAUGGGCACCCCCUCUUCGACUCAACUAGUCCCGGUGAACAUACCGGCCCAGCGGACUUUGGGACCUGGCGGCCAGUGAACCCUACACGUACUUCGGCCGCCGUCAGUGUGAGAGCGGAGACUGUCUCGACGCCCGGAAGCUGCCCCGGUUCCUCGUCGACGGUGAAUUCUCUGGUUGACAGGGUGAAGCAGCUCGAGCAGCAGCUAUCGGAUCUUACUGUGAAGUACGGGGCUCGUGAAGAUGAUGUAACUCAACCUACACCUGGCCUCCGGGAAGGGUUGAGAUAUAGCCGGGGCUGUGUCAGCAAGACUCGCUAUUUUGGCCAGAGUCAUUGGAUGAACGCGGCUGAUAUGUUGUACCGACUAGUCAACUUUGCAAGAAAGUUUGAGAACCGUCGUUCAUCUCAACUCUACGUCGACCUAGAAAAAUGCAAGAAGCUAGGCCGCAUAAUCAAAGCCCGCCGGACUCCCUCUUUCAGCACAAUUUCAACUGGCAAGAGUAUGCCUCCUCGAGAACUGGCAGAUGUUCUAAUCGGAAACUACCUCCGAACGUUUGAGUCCAUCCACCGCAUCAUCCACAUCCCGACCUUUAAAGCGGACUACGAAAAGUACUGGCUGAACCCAUCCGAGGCAAGCGACUCCUUCAUCAUCACCAUGCAGCUUUGCAUGGGCAUCGGCGCCACCAUGCAUGACGAGCGCUUCACUCUAAGAAACCUAGCCAUCCAGUGGUUCUGGGAGGCCAUGUUUUGGCUUAUUACGCCUUGUGAAAAGUCCAAGAUGACUAUCCCCGGGCUGCAGAUCCGGUGCUUGAUGCACUACCUCCGACAUACAGCCAACAUCGGCUGCGAUCUCACCUGGAUCGGUGCUGGUGCCCUCAUCAGAACGGCCAUGUACAUGGGACUGCAUCGCGACCCCAAGUCAAUCAUCAAGAUGUCUCCAUACCGCGCUGAGAUGCGCCGGAGGCUAUGGGUCACGAUCUUGGAGAUCACCUUGCAGACGAGCAUCGAUUCUGGCGGCCCGCCUCUCAUUUCACUAGACGACUUUGACACGGAAUUACCGGCAAACCUAGAUGACGAGCAACUCGUCGAAGACGGCGAGUCCGCCUUUCCCGUGCCCAGGGAUCCGGGUACACACACACAGAUGACAGUUUCCCUGGUUGUAUUUGGAACAUUCGCAGCUCGUCUUGCUGUAGCAAAGCGCGUAAAUGAGUUCCGUUCCGAUACAGUCUACGAAGAGACCCUUCGACAUAGCAACGAACUCAGCAAAUCGCUUCAGAGGAUGAUGCAGCAGCUCAAGGCACAUCCGGCCGUCACUUCCUUCCAGCUGCGCUACGUCCAGUUCCUGACAUACCGGCUCUUCUUCGCCCUCCACCACCAGAUCGCCCCACUGGCGCUGCGGAAUCCUGUGUACUACUUCUCUCGUAAGAUGGUCGUUGACACAGCGUUGCGGCUAUGCGAGGUCGCAUUCUUGGCACCUGAUAAAUCGGGCACUGGCGCCACAGUGAAGCCUGCGGGCCCGUCUGAAGUGGACUUUCACCGGUUGACGAUCAAUGGUGCCGGUUUCUACCGGUCCGUUCCCUUCCAGAGCGUCAUGACGCUUGGGCUGGAGCUUAUCAACAUCAAAGAGGAGGAAGUGAGGAACGGCCACUCUAUGAUCUACAGCGGCUCUGAAGAUCAGCUGCGCGGCAUCCUUGAAGCUGUCUAUCAGUGGUCGAGAGAUCGGAUCCAAUCUGGGGAGACGAACAUCAAGGGCCACGCGCUAAGUGUGCUGCUCAUUGCUCAUAUUCACGGCUUGGAGAAGGGUGUGAGCGACGACAAGAUUGAGGAAUUUUUUGAAGAGGCGUGUAAAGAGCGGGUUAAGGAGUGCCACGAGUUGCUUACGGAGUUGGCAGGGGGCGACGUUAUUGAGGAAGGAGUGAAUAUGCCCGAUGUCCACGAUUUGGACAUGGACUUUGAUGCCGGGAUUGACAUGCUUGGGGAUUGGGACUGGGCAACAUCCGUGGACAAUAAUGGGUUCGGAUUCAGCAACAUUAUGAACUUCAACGCUAUGCCUGAGAUGUUCUCAUGAAGUAGCACUCUGUCUGUUAGUAAUGCUGCCUGUGGAACCACGACACGCUCAUCUAUAUUUGUGUUUGCGCGAAAAUCAUUGUACAAUUUAAUGUAACAUUGCGUCUUUCUGCACUAAACCGAGUGGCGGAAAUAAAUUCUCUCAGCUCAAUCAUAGACCACGUGCUUGAUCAGACUACGCACCAGCGACGAAAUCUAUUUGCGGGAAAUCGCCC